AUGGAGAAGGAAAUCCUGGAGCCCCUCGUUGACCUUACACUUGUGGAGAAAGCCCGGGUGGAAUCCGUUCGGCGAGUGGCUUUGCUGCAGAUGGGAGUUCAGCCGACUCCCCUGGUGGGGCUGGGCCUCCUACACCUUCGCCGGCUCCUGGGCCCGGCCCGAGCACUGGUCACCCCGCUGGGCCAGUCGGAGAUACAGCAGCUCUACCAGGAUUACAAGACGAAAUUUGGGGACUAUCCCAGCCCGGAAGCCGACCCCACUUCGGACCAGUUGGCUUCGCUCACAAAAGUGGUCACGGCGGGGUCCGUGCCCUACGCGGACUUCUCGCUGUUCGCUGUUCGGCCUCCACGGCUUGUGGUUGCUCCGAAAGACCCGCGUCUUACCACGCAUGGGUCGAGGCCUGGAAAGUGUGCCGCACGGCCCUCCGGAGCUUCGUCACCCAGUUCGGCGAUCAG